UGUUUAGAUAAAGUCCUUAUGUAUAAAGAGUCAUAAGUUACUCUGUUAUUACAUGUUUGUGUGGGUGGGUCGGAGUUACCCAAUUAUUUUACUUGUAAAUAUGUAUUAGGAGUCAGAGUUGCUCUGUUAUUACAUGUUUACUUGGGUCGGAGUUACCCAAAUAUUCUGUUGAAGUUAAAACAUGUGAUUAGGAGUCAGAGUUACUCUGUUAUUUACAUGUUUCUUGGGUCGGAGUUACCCAAACAAUUUGUAAAUGUAAAUAUGUAUUAGGAGUUAUAGUAACUCUGUUAUUACAUGUUUACUUGGGUCAGAGCUACCCAUGUGUUGUAAAGAAUAACAUGUAUGUAGGAGUCGGAGUUACUCUGUUAUUUACAUGUUUGUGCGGGUCUGAGUAACCCAGAUUUUUCAGAGUUUAUGUUAAUUUCUAAUUUAUAAUUUGUAUAGUUCAGUAUAAAAUUGAGAGUCUGAGUUAUUGCGAUAUUUACAUGUAUUUUGGACUUCUGAUUUAUGCGGGAUGCUUGGUAAAUAAUCAACAUGUAAAUUAAGAACAAUAGGUAAUCAGACAUCAAUGAUUAAUUUACUCCCUGUACAUGUAGGUUAUAGUUUCCCAAAUUCACACUCUGUUUUUAUUUGUUUAAUCUGUUGGGAUAAUAAUUAAAUCUGCACUCAAGAAUAAAUAUUAUUCAUGGUUUCUUUAUUUGAGAGUCUGCAAGUUUAUGAUCUCACAACUGGCAUUAACAAAUUUGAGAUCUGUAUUGCCAUUAGCAUUGUGAGAUGUCCUUAAGUCUGUAAAACACUUGUUUUAUAAUACAUUCUCUUCUUCAGAAACAAUGCCACCAAAGAAAAGGACCAAAAAAGGGGAACCUUCGGUGGAUGUGCCCAGUACCCCCAGCUCAGGGAGUAAGCGAAAACGCGGGACUCCGAUUCAGCAGCCAGAGACUGUGACACAGAGUGCUAUGCCAACCAUUGACUAUUCGCUUCUGGCUAAACACAUAAUUGAACAACAGAAACUAACAACCAAUGUCAGUGAGAAUGGACUUGUUGAGGCAACCGUGCACCAAAGUGGGGAAGCAUCCACACCUGUGAACACAAGCGUAGAGCCGGUGUCAAAUCAGGACUUAGUCAAUCCCGCAGUGAAUCCGAGUUUGACAGAUGGAACUCCACAGUCGACUCCCAUGGUCCCAGCUUCAGCACUUGGUGCCCUAUUGGACAAUGUUUUCACAGAAAGCACGGGAAGAAGCGCCAUACUUAGAACAACAGACAACUGUCGUUCCGGCACACCUAUUGCAGAUUUGACCUCUACCACACGUUCUGUCCUAGCCGCAGCCUUAUCACCUUCUGCUCGUUAUGCAUACAGGCAUUCAUGGCAACUUUUCCUCAAUUUCAGAAGAAAUCCAGUAUCUUUACCAUUGCCUAUUACAGAUAUUUGUAACUUUAUUGGUUUUCUCUUUGAAAGGCAAUAUAGUUCUAGCAGCAUUGCCUCACAUAUAUCUGCAUUAGGUUAUGUUCACAAAUUGAUAAAUUUGACAGAUCCGACUCAACGCCCCUUCUUCCAGUUUGUCAAUGGGACUCCAGUCACAUAUUCUUAUAUCAACAGUGAACUUUCAAAAGCGAUAGCAUUUGCUGGUCUGGAUCCCAAGCGCUAUAAGGGGCACAGUUUUCGAAUAGGGGCUGCAACACAUGCUGCCCAGCUAGGUUAUUCUGAGACUUUCAUUCAACAUUUAGGAAGAUGGAACUCAAAUGUUUUACAUAGAUACAUAAGAAUUAAAUCUUUUCAGUUGUAA